GCGCCGCAGUGCGAGGGCAUCUUCUUUGCAACUUUCAACAUCCAAAAUUACGGCAACAGCAGCCCGGACUAGGCAAAGCAUCAAAGUCGGAGGUCAUCGCUUCGCUGGCAGAAAUCAUUGCGCGAUAUGACCUUGUCACCAUCCAGGAGAUCUCCCAGCUCCCGGACGAGACGGGCACCUGUGGUCUCUACACGGAAUCCGCAAUUUGCGAUCUGCAGACUGCGACAACUGCUCGUGGCCGUUCCUUCUCACUGGUGGCAUCACCACGCAUCGGCGACGAGCAGUAUGCCAUCCUGUUCGACCCACUGGUUGUCAGCUAUGUGGCUGGCUCAACCUAUCCGGACAACUCCAGCACGUAUUCGCGACCUCCAUACGCCUUCCACGUCAAUACAGGUGGGAUUUCCUUAGCCGUGGCUUCCACCCACACGUCGCCCUCUACAGCGGAGCAGGAAAUCGCGGCUUAUCCUCAAGUGCUCCAGUGGAUGGAGGCCACCUUCGCAGCCGAUAUCUACAUGGUUGCUGGGGACUUCAAUGCCGAUGGCAGCUACUUCGAUGAGGAUUCCUCGUGGACGCCAAUCAUGGCCCAGAUUCCCAACUACACGCUGCUGACGGGGAACGAGAUGGACACCACGGUCUCCGUCAGCAGCAACGCCUACGACCGGAUCAUUGCCACGUCAACUCUUCAGGCAGAUCCCGCUGCAGUCUUCGUCAUUGAGGACCACAUCAACCUCACAGGAGUCUUCACACAGGGCUGCGCGGAUAGCUACAUCUCCAGCGACAUCUGCAGCGCGAGCCCGGUAGACUGGGUGGAAGUGACGAAGGAACUGAGCGACCACUACCCUGUGGAGCUGUGCAUGCACUUGAACGGCACAAGCUGCACGACCUGCACGACGGAAGCCCCACUGCCAGAGCUGGAGCCUGGAGACUGCGCUGUUGUGGGCUUUGCUGCGGACAACCCGGACAACUUUGGCAUCCUCCUUCUCCGCACGUUCUAUGCGGGGCAUCAGAUCAAGGUCACCGACUCGGGUGUGCAAAGCGACGGCGCAUUGCGCGAUGGUGAAGGCAUUCUUCAGUUCGAUGCAGAGGAGGAGCUACCUGCAGGUACGGUGCUCGUGUUCGCCAACUUCUCCACGACAGAGGGCUCCUUCGCGCUCUCAUCCUCUGGGGAUCAGGUGAUUGUGUUCACCGGUGCGGACAGCUCUCCGACGUUCUUAUGUGCUAUCAACUUCGAAGGCUCUGCCGGAGAAUGGCAAUCCGAUGCCGCAAGCACUGCGGAGAGUGCGCUCCCUCCAGGGAUCGAGGACUUCUCUUUGGCCUUGCCAGAGACGGACAACGCCGGCUACUCCGGGCCCACGGAAGGCACGACAGAGGAGCUGCGCCAGUGGAUCAACACUGCAACUUAUUGGAGCUCCAGCAAUAGCCAGGCCGUUGCCUUUCCUGCUGCUUUCGCUAUCCAUACCACGACAACCACGACGGCAUCCGCCACGAUGACCACUGUCACAGCAACGACAUCUGGGACAGCUACGACUACGUCCUCCACCACCGUGGCCACUGCGACCGCAACGACCACAUCAGGGAGCACGACAUCUUCGACCACAGUGAGAACUGCGUCUGCCACGACCACCUCGGGCGCAGCUACACAAACCACAACCACCGUGACAUCCUCAAGCACAAUUACAACUGCCACUGCAGCCACUGCAACGACCACAUCGGUCACAGCUGACACCUCCAUCCAAAUUACGACCACGACAUCCUCGACCACGGUGACAACCGCCUCUGCAACGACCACAACGGGGACGGCUGGCGCUACCACCCAAACCACGACCACCACGAUGUCCUGGACCGCAAUCACGACUGCAACUGCUACGACCACAACGGCGACGGCUGAUGAUGCUACCCACACCACGACCACCACAGCAUCCUUGACCACAAUGUCGGCCACAAUCACGGCUGCCACUGCAACGUCCACAUCGGGGACAGCUGAUCUAGUCACCCAAAACACGACCACUGCGACCACUACCACAUCAUCUUCGGUCACGAUGACCACAGCGACUGCAACUACCACGUCGCGGACAGCUGAUUUAGUCCAAGCCACGAGCUCCACUACUGCUACUGCAACAACCACCUCCGUCACAGACAUGCCGCGCCAAAGCUUUGCUGUUUCCUUUGCUUCGGAUCGGCGUCUGAGGCGGCUGCUGUGUGCAAUCAUGCUGCUGGCAGUGAGCCGGUGA